AUAAAAAAGGUAUUAAUUAAGAAAGAGAAUGAAUAAGUACGAAAUAAUUGGAGUAGUAGGAGAAGGAGCUUAUGGGAUAGUACUAAAAUGUAGAAAUAAAGAGACAAAUGAAUUUGGUUUAAUAUUUUUUUGUAUUUGUUUCAGUGGCAAUAAAAAAAUUCAAAGAAACCGAAGAUGAUGAGACAGUUAAGAAAAGCAUACAAAGAGAAGUAAAAAUGUUGAGAACGCUAAAACAUCAAAAUAUUAUAUAGUUGAAGGAAGCAUUUAAAAAAAAGGGGAAAAUAUUUUUGGUAUUCUAAUUUGUAGAUAGAAAUCUAUUGGAAUUAUUAGAGGAGAGAAAAUAAUUAGAUGUAUUUGAAUGUAAAGAAAUGAUUAGUAGGAAAGUAUAAGGAGAGUAAUAUUGUAAUUAGUGUUGGCAAUUCAUGCAUGUCAUUAAGUUGGAAUAGUACAUAGAGACAUAAAGCCUGAAAAUUUGUUAAUCGAUAAUGAAUUAAAUAUAAAGUUGUGUGAUUUUGGUUUUGCUAGAGUAAUUUUUAGAAUAUGAUAUAGACAAUUUAAUGUUAAGAAUAGUUGACAGAUUAUGUUGCAACAAGAUGGUAUAGAUCUCCAGAAUUAUUAAUAUCAAAUAAUUAUGGAAAGGAGGUAGAUAUUUGGGCAAUAGGAUGUAUAAUGGGAGAAUUAAUAGAUGGUUAACCUUUAUUUCCAGGAGAAAACGAAGUGGAUUAAUUAUAUUUAAUUUAAAAAAUUAUCGGACCAUUAACCUAAGAUUAGAUUGAAAGAUUUUAGAAAAAUUAGAAAUAUAUAGGAAUGAAAUUUCCAGAUAUUACAAAAACCGAAACAAUUGAAAAAAGAUAUUAAGGCAAAAUGUGUAAUAAAGGUUUGAGUUUUCUAAAAUCAUGUUUAAUUAUGGAUCCAAAUUAAAGGUUAACAUCUUUAGAGUGUUUAGAACAUUAAUAUCUUUAAGACCUUUGGAAUAAAGAAAAUGAAGCAAGACCAAAAAGCAAUUUUUAGAGAAGAACUAGUUGUGAAAGAAAUGAUUCAAAACCAUGCAUAAUUAAUUAAUUUGAUUUUGGUGAUACAAAACCAAAGAAAAUAUUAGAAAAGACUAUCCCAUAAACUAUUUAGAAUUAAACCUUAAUUUAUAAAUAAGCUUAUAAUUAUAAAAUUGGAGACUAUAUCUCAGAAUAUAAUAAAGAAGGGGAUGAUAAUAAAUCUUUAACCCAAAAAACUUUCAAUUAAUCAUUUAAAAUUAAACUUAAUGAAACUCUCCCUUAAAGUCGAUUAGGAUCUGAAUAAGAUAAAAGAAUUAAUCGAAUCAUUGGAUUACCUGGUGUAAAGGAUGAUUCAAAGUUACAAAACUAACAUUAAUUUGAAUAAUAUCCAAAAUAAUAAUCAUCAUCUAUUGCCAAAUCACCAUAGAAAAAAAACUCUAUUUAAUAACCUUCCUUUCAUGCUUCAGUAUUUUUAUGUUUCAUUUUUAGGGUCAGUAUAAUUUAUAACCUCAAAAACUUAAUUUAGUGUAUAAUACAAAUACAUAUAAUUAUUCAAUAAAAAAAUCACAUAUCUCAAAAAAAUGA